GGCCCGAGGCGGGCGGGGAGUGGACGCGGGCGGCCCCACGCGCCGGGGGAGGGGGCGCCGGGAGGCGGGGGGCCAGCGGCGUCUCGCGGAGGGCGGGGCGGCUCCCACCUGCCCGCACGCCAGCCGGGAGGCUCCGCGGUCCCCGCCCCUCCCCCGCUGCCCCCGCUCCUCCCUCGCUGGCUCGCUCCCUCCCUUCCUCCCUCCCCCAGGGCUUCGGCGGCGGCGGCGUCGGCGGCGCUCGGCGCGGGUAGGUCCCCCUGCUGCCCGGUCCCAUUUGUUGCGGAGUCUGGCUCGGGACGGCCGCGGCACGCGGAGCUCCAGAAGAGCCCGACAGGGCAGCCGCGCAGCCACGACGGAGCAGCCGCGGGACUGGCCUCCCCGCGCCCCCUUCGCUGCCGUGCCCUUCCCCGGCGCGCUCACUCCCUUCUCAGGAUGGGAUUGUAGCGGCGGCGCGGACUCGGCGGGGAUCGCGGCGGAGGCGGCGGCGGCGGCGGCGGCGGCGGCCGAGCGGGGCUCCAUGUUUUCCCCCGACCAGGAAGAGCACUGCGCCCCUAAUAAGGAGCCGGUGAAAUACGGGGAGCUGGUGGUACUGGGGUACAAUGGUGCUCUACCUAAUGGAGACAGAGGCCGGAGGAAAAGCAGAUUUGCUCUCUACAAGCGGCCGAAGGCUAACGGAGUCAAGCCCAGCACGGUCCACGUGAUAUCCACGCCGCAGGCGGGCAAGGCUAUCAGCUGCAAAGGUCAACACAGCAUAUCGUACACUCUGUCGAGGAAUCAGACUGUGGUGGUCGAGUACACACAUGAUAAAGAUACAGAUAUGUUUCAGGUGGGCAGAUCGACAGAAAGCCCUAUUGACUUCGUCGUUACAGACACAAUUUCUGGCAGUCAGAACAAUGACGAAGCCCAAAUUACACAAAGCACCAUAUCCAGGUUUGCCUGCAGGAUAGUCUGUGACAGGAAUGAACCUUACACAGCACGAAUAUUUGCAGCCGGAUUUGACUCUUCCAAAAACAUAUUUCUCGGAGAAAAGGCAGCAAAGUGGAAAAACCCCGACGGCCACAUGGAUGGGCUCACGACAAAUGGCGUCCUGGUGAUGCAUCCCAGAGGGGGCUUCACGGAGGAGUCCCAGCCCGGCGUCUGGCGCGAGAUCUCCGUCUGUGGGGACGUGUACACCUUGCGAGAGACCAGGUCUGCGCAGCAGAGGGGAAAGCUGGUGGAAAGUGAGACCAACGUCCUGCAGGACGGCUCCCUCAUCGACCUGUGCGGGGCCACACUCCUCUGGAGAACGGCCGACGGCCUCUUUCACACCCCAACGCAGAAGCACAUCGAGGCCCUCCGACAAGAGAUCAACGCCGCGCGGCCACAGUGUCCGGUGGGGCUCAACACCUUGGCCUUCCCCAGCAUCAACAGGAAGGAGGUGGUGGAGGAGAAACAGCCCUGGGCCUACCUCAGCUGCGGCCACGUGCACGGCUACCACGACUGGGGCCAUCGGAGCGACACGGAGGCCAAUGAGCGGGAGUGUCCCAUGUGCAGGACUGUGGGCCCCUACGUGCCGCUCUGGCUGGGCUGCGAAGCAGGCUUUUAUGUGGACGCGGGGCCGCCCACUCACGCUUUCACCCCUUGUGGACACGUGUGCUCAGAGAAGUCUGCCAAAUAUUGGUCUCAGAUCCCGCUGCCUCACGGAACGCACGCAUUUCAUGCCGCCUGCCCUUUCUGCGCCACACAGCUGGUUGGGGAGCAAAACUGCAUCAAAUUAAUUUUCCAGGGUCCCGUUGACUGAUAACCUCAACAGCCAUCUGCGACUUUAUUAACAAGUUACUGUGAAGAUUUUGCCACUAACUCUAGAUUUUACCUUUUUUAUAAUGCCAUUUAUUAAGGGGAGGGGGUGUCCUGAGGCUGGGAGAAAAAAGGGGCACAGUGAUGAGACAUGCCAGGAGUUGGAGAACGGUGGUGUGUUGCAUGCUCAGAACAGCAGCAUCGUCACUGAAGUCUGCUUGAUUAAAACCAUGAUACCUUUGUAACAUUUGGAUUUAAAAUGCCAUGCUUUAAUUUUAACCUUGGGUUUUUUAAACAGGUUUUCCUAGUUAAACUUGGACAGGACUUUAAAUCCUAUCUUACAAACGUAGAAGAAAUUUAUUCAAAAGUUGUUGGCUUUUAAUUGCGACCUUCAGUGCUGCGUGGCAUAGGUGUGAGACUUGCCGUGCCUGGAAAACACUUGAUACAGGUUAGACUCUGACCAGAUACCAAAGGCGUGGCUCUAUAAGAUGUUGUUGGGGGACAGGAGACCUUAGGCACAGGUGUCUGUUUUGAAUCUGGGGCUUUUUUCUAAUUUUUCUUUUGAGGGAAGGGAAUAUCCAUAUGUUAUCAUGGGGUUUUUUUUAAACUUCAGUGGGAUUCAAUUACGUUAUACAGACAUUCAUCAAAUACCUUGGCAUUUCAAAUGAAGAAUUUUCCGUAACUUUGUAGUCUGCCUUUUGUUAUUUUGGUCUAGUAUGGUCUGUCCCCAAGACUCAUCUUGUAUGGCCAGAACUGUUUGGUUGAUUAAAAUGUGGUAACUCUUAAAAAACCAUUAACUGAGGGUGAUUAUUGCAGCAGUAAACCCGGCCCAGGUAAGAUAAUAUGAAGCUUAUUUGCUUACUGAAUUAUUUAAGAGUGAUUAAAAAUAAGAGUUUACUUUUUAAAACCACUUGUUGGGAUUUCCUAAGUUUUCUUUUUUCUUCCUUAAGAAAGCCAAAAUUCUGUGAGCCUAAAAGCAGCAAAUCACGAUACAGCCACUUUUGUUCACUCCCUUUCUGCCAUCUGUCACCUUCCCUUGCAGCUUACGGAGCCCUGUGAGUUUUGAAAAUGUUUGCAAAUCAAACUAAAUUUAAAUGUGAUCAUUAGAUAUACACAACACCAAGUGGUACAUCUGCAGAGAUCAUUUGAAAUUCCUGAUUUCAAGAGAGCAAAUGAGUGUUUACUGAGGAAUUAUUAAAUCAGAAUUUCAUAUGAGCACCACCAUCCCUCCCUGUUAGUUGCAUUUCAUUUUGAGUAAUAACUCAAUAACUCUUGGGUGUUCAUUCUCUGCUGGGUACCGGUGUAUCACUGUUCCCAGGAUGUAACAAUCCUUUAGGACAUGUGACCACCAGAGCUGGCUGGGAUGAAAUCAAUUCCUGCCACAUGGAGAGGGUAUUUAUUUAAAUUAACAUGCUUUUAAAUUGACCGUUGCAGAUUUGUGCUCCAUUUUUUAACCUUUGUAAAGAUGUGUGAUUUGUAUGAUCCUAAUACACUGUAUUCCUAUUUUGUUUUUC